GAGAGAAAAGAGGUAAAACAUGGCAGGAGAAAAGUGGGCUUUUGAGCAAAACUUUUCUUUUAAUCUCCUUCGAUCCAAGAAGCUGUCCUUCCUACAGGACAGAGACAUUUUAAACCUGUUGAUGAAAUGGUCCAUGCUGGGGAGGAUUUCAGCUCAGUCCUACAGCUUUGACCAGUACUUUCACCCUUACAACAGUGAAACGUUUGCACUGUGUUUCUUCAGAGAUCCCAAUGUGCUAUCCAGUCUGAAAAAGAUGGAGGCCGGAGCAUGGGUGCCUCUUGACAAGCCAGUGGUGUCUGUUGACGUGGAGCCGGUGCAGUGCACUAAAGUCUCCAUGGAGCUGUUUGACCCGAUCUACUCUUGUGGGAUCGUGAGGCCCUCUGGACAUCUAGUUAAAUGCUUUCAUGAUGUCUACCCCGACUAUGAUGAACUCAGACAGAUGUUGCAGGAGGAGGACUCUGUGCACCACUAUGUGGUUGGGAAAGAGGAGCGAGGAGAGUUUCUGUUUCGCCUCUUCAAGCACCUGUGUUUAGGGGGAGAGCUCUGUCAGUACGAAGACUCCAUCGAUCCUUACAUCAGCACCACAAAGCAGAUCUACAAAGACCUGAUCAGUGUUCAGAAGGAUCCAGAGACUAAGGAGAUCAGUGUUGUCUCCACAGUCCUCAAAGUCUGUGCCUACGAUGAGUCUGGGCGAUGUUUUCCCGAAAGACGAGAGGAGGAGCAGGCGUUUGCCUAUUUGAUCGUCGACCCCUUCAAACGACACAUGACUUUGUUCUACCACAGUUACGGUGUAGGAAACUUCACAUUGUGACAGAGAAGAACUGGACCAUGUUUCCUUGUGGACCUGUGCAUGUAGAAACAGGUGAGCUCAGACUUGGAGCUGUAUCCAGAAACUAGUUGAACACAAUGAAUUCCCAGUUUGAGUUACAAAAGAGAAGGAGAGAAGAAUUAUUUUGUUCUAUUUAAGUAAGUCAAUAAACAAUUUAUAAACAGCCUUUAAGUGACUACA